UGCAGAUGGACGCAGUGCUGGGCCACUGAUAAACUUUGGCAGAAACGACAAAGGAGCGUCUCCCCGAGCAGCUGCGUCUCUCCAGCCUUCCCUGACGCCGACUCAACCAUACUGAUGAGCCCGGGGAGCCGCGCGCCUCCUCCUGACGUCGCCUCCUUUCCCUCACACCGGCUUGCGCAAGAACAGUGACCGAGCGAGCCGCGGAAGCGCAGCCUCCCCCCUCCCAGCAGCCUCGCACUCUCACCGGCUCUUCCGCACCCGAACGCAGACCUUUGGAACAGAUCCGUCCAAGGGUGGGUGAUGCGCACGUCGCCGCCGCUACCUCCGCCCGGCCACUCUUACAUCGGCAUCGGUACCUCCGCGUGGAUUCGGCAACUGUGAGCACUCAAAGAGGAGCCAUGCACGACACUGUCGCACCACUGCCCGCCUGCAGUCCUCCUCCUCGGCACAGUCCCUCGGGCUCCCUCGCUACCAACCCGGAGGAGCCGAUGCAAGCUUGCUAAAGAAGAAUAAGGAAAGAAAAGACCCACAACCGACACUUCUAGAACCUUUUUUUUUUUCGGUGGAGCGGAAUAGGAAGCCUUGCUCGACGCGCAUAUUGAUUGCUUUUCCUUUGGAUCAUGCAGAGAUUAUUACUACGGUGAAGGAGAGAGCAAAUAAAGGAUGGAUCAGGUUAUGUACGUUGUGGGGCUACUGGUGCUGCUCGCGGAGGGCGUCCGUUCCCAAGGAGUGUACGCACCCCCUACUGUCCGCAUCAUUCACUCUGGGCACGCCUGCAACGUGGAAGAGGAGCGGCACACGGAGCGCGUCUACACCAUCCGAGAGGGCGAGACCCUGGAGCUCAGCUGCCUGGUGACGGGGCAUCCUCGGCCGCAGAUCAGAUGGACCAAGACUGCUGGCAGUGUGUCGGACCGGUUCCAGGACUCCAGCGUCUUCAAUGAGACGCUGCACAUCGCCACGAUCCUGAGGACGCAGGGUGGCCGCUACUACUGCAAGGCGGAGAACGGCCUCGGCUCGCCCGCCAUCAAGUCUAUCCGAGUGGACGUCUACUACCUUGAUGACCCAGUGGUGACGGUGCACCAGAGCAUUGGGGAGGCGAAGGAGCAGUUCUACUAUGAGCGGACGGUGUUCCUUCGCUGUGUGGCCAACUCCAACCCGCCGGUGCGCUACAGCUGGCACCGCGGCCGCGAGGUGCUGACCCAGGGCUCGGACAAGGGCGUGGAGAUCUACGAGCCCUUUUUCACGCAGGGGGAAACGAAGAUCCUGAAGCUGAAGAACCUGCGACCGCAAGACUACGCCAACUACAGCUGCGUGGCCUCUGUCAGGAACGUGUGCGGCAUUCCUGACCGCAGCGUCAUCUUCCGGCUCACCAACAAGACAGCCUCACCGUCCAUCAAGCUGCUGGUGGAGGACCCCAUCGUAGUGAACCCCGGCCAGACGGUGUCGCUGGUCUGCAUCACCACCGGCGGGGAGCCGCCGCCACUCCUCACGUGGUUCACCGCCAACGACAGCCUGCCGCAGAGGAGCAUGGUGAAGGGCGGCACGCUCACGCUGCCCGCCAUCAGCUCGGACGAGGCGGGCAUCUACAGUUGCGUGGCCAGCAACAACGUGGGCAACCCGGCCAAGAAGUCCACCACCAUCGUCGUCCGAGCGUUGAAAAAGGGCCGCUUCUGGAUCACUCCUGACCCGUACCACAAUGACGACAACAUCCAGAUCGGUCGGGAAGUCAAGAUAUCGUGUCAGGUGGAGGCGACGCCCCCGGAGGAGCUCACCUUUAGCUGGCUGAAGAACGGCCGCGCCCUGCGCAGCUCGGAGCGCAUGGUCAUAACGCAGACGGACACGGACAUCUCGCCCGGCACCACCAACCUGGACAUCAUCGACCUCAAGUUCACUGACUUCGGCACAUACACGUGCGUAGCGGCGCUGAAGGGUGGCGGCAUUCCGGAGAUCAGCAUCGACGUCAACAUCUCCUCCACUACUGUCCCUCCUCUGUUUUUCUCUUUCUUAGUUCCCCCCAACCUGACAGUCCCCCGGGGCAAGUCCCCCCUGGUGGCCCGUGAGGGUGACACAGUGGAGCUGGAGUGCCUUGUUUCAGGGAAGCCCAAGCCCAUUAUCCUGUGGUCGCGGGCAGAUAAGGAGGCGCCCAUGCCGGACGGCGGAAUGCAGACGGAGAGCUACGACGGAGCGUUGCGCGUCGUCAACGUGACGCGGGAGAUGACCGGAUCGUACCGAUGCCAGACCAGCCAGUACAACGGCUUCAACGUCAAACCCCGCGAGGCAGUGGUGGAGCUCAUCGUCCAAUACCCCCCCACAGUGGAGCCAGUCCACACGGAACUACGUCAGGGCCUGGGCCGGCCCGUGGUGAUGACGUGCCGGGUGUUGCGGGCUCACCCGUCGCGCGUGCUGCGCUUCGAGUGGCUGCUGUCCAACCGGCUGCUGCACGCCGGCGCUUUCGACGUGCAGCGGGACGACACCGAGUACACCAUCCGGAGUCUGAACCGCGACGGCUGGGGCGAGUACACCUGCAAAGUCAUCAACGAGGCCGGCGCGGGAAAAUGCACCUUCCACGUCACAGGCAAGGCCUACGCUCCCGAGUUCUACUACGACACCUACAGCCCUCUGUGGCAGAACCGGCCCAGGAUCUACGACUUCAAGCUCCAGUGGACGCAGAUGAACCCUAACGCCGUAGACCGCAUCGUGGCUUACAGACUCGGCCUCAGACAGAUGGGACAACAGCGAUGGUGGGAGCAGGAGAUUCCCAUGGAUGGGCCGAUCAACAAAGGAGAGCUCAUGACCCACAACCUGACCGAGCUCAUCAAACCAGAGUCCUAUGAGGUGCGUCUUACCCCCAUCACUCGUUUCGGCGAGGGCGACUCCACCGUGCGGAUUGUCACCUACAGCGCUCCCAUCAACCCUCACCUAAGAGAGUUCCACUGCAGCUUCGAGGAGGAGCCCAUCUGCAUGUUCACCCAGGACAAGAACGACGACUUUGAUUGGACGCGGCACAGCGCCGCCACGCGCGACACCAAGUACACGCCCAACACGGGGCCCAGUGGCGACCGCGCCGGCUCCAAGCAGGGUUUCUACAUGUACAUCGAAACGUCGAGGCCACGGAAGGAAGGGGAUCAGGCGCGACUCGUCAGUCCGUUUUUCAACAUCGCCCCGAAGAACCCCUACGGCAUCGCCAACCCGCCGGCCUACUGCUUCGGCUUCUUCUACCACAUGUAUGGGAAACACAUAGGGACGCUAAACGCCUUAGUGAAGCAAAAGGGCCUAGCCAGCCCAGAUGGGCCAGUGUGGUCGCUAAGCGGUAACCAAGGGGAGCGGUGGAAGCAGGCCAAAGUCAGCGUGCAUCCGAUGGCGUCAUUUCAGGUGCUACUCGAGGGAAUCCGAGGACCGGGCAUCGAGGGCGACAUCGCCAUCGAUGACGUCACCUUGGAGGAAGGGGAGUGUCGAGACCCGCCGCCCAACCUUAGUGCCAUUGCUCAGUCCACCUCCCUCCAUAUAUGGCUGCUGUGCGUCACCGUGGUGAUAACCCUCCUGGAGGGCCAGAGGUGACCUUUCUGGCCGUCGUCUCAGAGGCCGACCUUCAGACCCGCAGUCUGUGAGCUGUACCCUCGGCAACCCAUCACCAAAGAUUCACGCAUCCCGAAAGCGGCGACGGUCCCCUCCAGCCCCAGUGGAUCGCAUUGGGACAGAAAUGAAGACAUUGAACUGGGUUAAAAGAAGAAAAAAAAUAAUCUGAAGAAAAAGUAAUAAAAAGUAAUGUGCUAAUUUUUUGAAGGGGAAAAAAAUAUUCUUUGACAGUACAGUGCUCCUCGGUGCGGGACUCUCUUCAUGAGCACAAAGAGUGAACUUUGGCGGUGCAUCGAGGGAGGGGCAGUUUGUAAAGCACAAGAACAAUUUUAUGAAGUUAUAUGAAAAAAAUAUAUAUAUAAAUAUAUAAUCUUUGCAAGGCAGCGGAAUAUAAAAAUGCUGCUGACAUUUUGAAGGAGGAAAUUGAAUCAGACCUUUCUCUGUGUAACUUUAUCUUCAUUUCCCUCGCACCAGAUGCCAAUCGCUUGUUUUUUUCCCACCGGCCUCGUUUUUGUUUUUAUCUGCUUGGUGCUGUUCUGAAGAAAAACAAGACCUCUGGCCACGUUUAGUUUUGUCUGCUUUAAGACCCACCCCCCAUCCCCCAUGGCUGCCUAUGUACUUUUUACACUGUGCCCACCAGUCCAAGUGGCCAACUGAUGGUACGAUGGCAGAACAAAAAGGAAAAAAAAAAAAAAAUGGCGAAAAGACAGCUGGACUACAGGGCGGGUCGAGAAGUCCAGGACGUGAUUGAUUACGGUACGACAGUCUGAUGAGCGAAGCCUGACGCAGAGUCGCGUCGGUCCACUGGAGACAAAGAAGAAGCCACUUUUCUUUCUGCCAUGAAACAAAGUGCCUUCAAGAUUACAACGCGGAAUCCCGAGCCCGGCUGUCGCGCAACAUCGAACACGCGCAUCCAUGGCGUAUUUUCUACAUGCGCCUCUUUUCGCCCCCCACACAAGUGCUGACGGGGUAUCGGGUCUCGGAGGCCAAGGAUCGUUGGCUAGACCGCAUGACGGCUUGGAAACUAAACAACAAAUGCAGGCUCUGAUUAUUUUUCAAUGGAUAAAUACACUCAUUGAAUUGACUACCCAACUGAGGUAGCCUUUUUUUUGUUUGUUUGUUUUUUAAAUAAUCAAAACUGAGAGGGACCUUGGGUGGCCCGCUCCUCUCUGCCGCCAUUUCUACGACAACGCUACCAGAACACAAAAGAUAUGAAUAAUAAUGAUAAUAAUGUUGAUAAUAGUCCUGAUAUUUUAUUACUGCAGCGAGAAUGUUUCUCUGCUUUUACACAAACUGUGAAGAUUUGACUGUGGACGAUCUACCUGAGACCAUAACCUUAACCAGCUGGGGUUUUUAAGAAAUGUAUUGUAAAAACAAAACAAAAAAAACAAACAACAAAGAAAAAGAGACAUUUUCUGUUCAUCGUUGGUUGUGACAAAUGCUUUGAGGACUUUUUUUUUUUUUUUUUUUCCCCUCUUCCGUUCUUUCGUCCCCCUUGCAUUGCCGAAAUAUCCAAGCGGACGGAAGCGUUACGAAUGAUGCCGAUCGUGUACGUUGUAUAACUUUUCAAUGUUAAAGAAUCUCUAUGGCAGAGGUUUAUGAUCAGUGUUUUAUGUUGGCAUCCGGGAAGCACAACAUUUCAGUUUAUGAAAUACAUUUUUAUAUUUCACCGCACAAACAGGAAUUUACUAGGAUCUCAUACAAAAAGUUCCGCAAUUAAUUAAAAACUGCCUUUUUUGUUUUGUCCAUACAAAAACUAAACUACCUCCCAUCAGAGGUACGGUGAGUCCUCGGUUUACAAUCAAUUUCCAUUCCUACGCCAGCAACCUAUCCCAAGUUUGUCAUCAGACCGUGUUGUUAACCGACACUAACACAGCAGUCGAGUCAUCAAGUAAAUAUUUGUAUGAAAAAAACUUCUAGGCCAUAAAUAUAAAACAAUCAAAUAAAAUACAGUGGUAACAAUCAAAUAAGUACAGUGGUAAGUGUGUAAACCUUGUGCGCCCUUCGUAACCUCAAAACGUAUGUCGGUUCCAUCGUAAACCGAGGACCCCCUAAAUUCCGUUUGUUGAAGCCAUUUUUCCGGCUUGUCUUAGAUAGCUGCAAGAAAGGCAGCAACUUGGGGCUAAAUACAGCGUGAACGAAGUGGACAUUUCGUACGAUUUCCUACUAAAUUCCUGCUCGAGGAGCUGAAUGACUUCUGGGUGGCCGACUAUACGUGUUCAGCAAAUGUAGCGGAAGCCCGGAUUUGCUGAGUUAGAGGGCGACGAGGACCUGAUACGAUGAAAAAGAUGCUGAGCAAAACACAGCAGAAUGAUGGGCAUCCUAUUGUUUUUAUUUAACACAAUUCCUCCCUGUGUUUAUACUCCUACACGGCUGUGCUCAUAAUGAAUGUACAGUAUUGCAGUACCUUUGUUGGGACAUUUUGUUUGCGUGUUUUACAGUGAGAAACUUUCCACAUACCUACAGAAGUCUAACUUUUCCGGCGGUUGCUUGUCGCUGUCAUUUGUUGCUUUAUCGUAGCUAAUGAAAAGUGCCAAAGUUCCCCUGAAAGUGUUAGCGAGUACGCUGCUCCUUCCCUUUGUCAAAUUCUGUCUUGGUAUCACUUCCGAGGUAUAAACGGUUUGAUAUUCCGAGAAAUACGACCAUAAGAUGAUGGAUGUGAUGAGACCUGCCAAGGUCAGCUAUUGUUGGGAAGUAGGAUAUUCCUUACAAGAUCCGAUCUUAAAGCAUUUCAGUCAAAAGUAAACAAAAACAGGGUCAAAGACCUCAAUAAGUGUUGUCAAGCAUUAGAGGGAGGGACAUUGAAAAUGAUAUGCAACCUAAAAGGCUCAUCUUAUGUUGGCAGCAUACAAAAAAGGAGGACUCCAUUUUCUGGAAUUUGGCGUGAAAGUCUAAAAAAUGUUUGUCUAAAUGCUGAAAUACAUUAAUGGCAAGUUGGAUUUUUACAAGAAAUGUUUAACACAAAUCCUCGCCCACAAAAAUAUGAAUGCUGCCCAUGGACAUUCAUUAUAAAUGACAAAAUCUCUGUGAUGUUCUACCCCAAUUCCAAUGAAGUUGGGAUGUUGUGUUAAACAGAAUACAAUGAUUUGCAAGUCAUGUUCAACCUAUAUUUAAUUGAAUACACUACAAAGACAACAUAUUUAAUGUUCAAACUGAUAAACUUGGUUGUUUUUAGCAAAUAAUCAUUAACUUAGAAUUUUAUGGCUACAACACGUUCCAAAAACGCUGGGACAGGGUCAUGUUUACCGUUCACCUUUUCUUUUAACAACAUUCAAUAAACAUUUGGAAACUGAGGACACUAAUUGUUGAAGCCUUGAAGGUGGAAUUCUUUCCCAUUGUUGCUUGAUGUACAGCUUCAGCUGUUCAACGGUCCGGGGUCUCUGUUGUCGUAUUUUACGCUUCAUAAUGUGCCACACAUUUUCAAUGGGAGACAGGUCUGGACUGCAGGCAGGCCAGUCUUGUACCCGCACUCUUUUACUACGAAGCCACGGAGUGCCGCCUGAGGGAUCGAAGGUCACGGGCAUUCAAUGUUGGUUUUCGGCCUUGCCGCUUACAUGCAGUGAUUUCUCCAGAUUCUCUGAACCGUUUGAUGAUGAUAUGGACCGUAGAUGAUGACAUCCCUAAAUUCCUUGCAAUUGUACGUUGAGGAACAUUGUCCUUAAACUGUUCGACUAUUUUCUCACACACUUGUUCACAAAGAGGUGAACCUCGCCCCAUCUUUGCUUGUGAAUGACUGAGCAAUUCAGGGAAGCUCCUUUUAUACCCAAUCAUGACACCCACCUGUUCCCAAUUAGCCUGUCCACCUGUGGGAUGUUCCAAAAAGGGUGUUUGAUGAGCAUUCCUCAACUUUCUCAGUCUUUUUUGCCACCUGUCCCAGCUUUUGUGGAACGUGUUGCAGCCAUAAAAUUCUAAGUUAAUGAUUAUUUGCUAAAAACAAUCAAGUUUAGCAGUUUGAACAUUAAAUAUCUUGUCUUUUUAGUGCAUUCAAUUAAAUAUAUGUUGAAGAUGAGUUGCUAAUCAUUGUAUUCUGUUUUUAUUUAUGUUUAACACAAUGGCCCAACUUCAUUGGAAUUGGGGUUGUAGUUUCAAAUACGUUAGAUGUACUGACAAAAGCAUAUUGCUGGAAAAUCUGAAAACAAAUAGCUGUACAUGUACCUUUACAACACUAGUCCCCACUGUACUAAAGCUUUUAAUAUACCCCUUAAUUUCUGUACUUGCACACUUUCAAUGGGGAUAAUGGGCAUAAAUGCAAAGGAUUAGCUGGUUUUGAAUACAUGAACAGUGAGAUUUGAUGGCUACACUCUGGUUGAUGAGAAGCAUCUGUGGCUUGAAGGCUGUGAAAUGCUCGUCGUCAAAGAAAAACAAGGGCGUAAAGUGGAGGUUUCAACAUCAGCUAGGUUUUGCCGUUCAUGUGAAAACCAUUCCCCAACCAGGGAUAGCAGUACAAUGCUUUGCCUGAGCCCAAGGCGUUUCAUAUGUGCUGCUACGCUUCCAAAACAACACUCGGAUGACCACAGGAAAACAACAAAAAAACAAACAAGACAGUUGUUAAUGCAUCUUUAGAUUCCGCACAAACGCUGAACGUUCUCGUGAGCAGUUUGGGUCAGGUGCGUGCACAAGUCGUGAUAUGCAGUGGAAAUUGCUUUUUUUUUUUGGAGCCCUGCAGAAAAGGCAUGACACUAAUUGAUUUUGUGUUGCACGGUUGCCAUCUGGUUGGUGGGCGGAUGCGCUGCUGCAGACAGGAAUAGUGCUUUCUUCGCGAAGGCGCUUCAUUCGUCACGCUCCACUCGUUACCUCGGCACAAGAUAAAUUGGACAAGUUAAUUAAAUAUUGGGGCUAUAGACGAUGAAGGGAACGAAUAAGGACGCAGUUCCAUCUAACAUUCUCUCAGAGUUUUGGCUUUGAUGAAUUAAUAAUAAUACAUUUGUCAGGAGAGCUACUCGGUACUUAACUGUAUUAUAACAAUAUAAUGAAAGUGAAGGUAAUUAGCCAGCUUUUGGAUGAAAACUAAACCCAAAAUUCAAAUUAAAACAGCAAGCAGCAGCGAAGGGGCCCCCACACCACCUCGAAAUGAGUCAAACUUUGACAAUAUUCUGAACCCACAUUAAAACGUAAAAAAAAAGCGUCAUGUAUCUAACUCGUGUACCUGCUGCUGAUGGGGGCUCACUUGUCAAAAUAUGAGCUCUGGAAUUUGCCCAAAAUGGCUGCUUCCAACUAAAAUGGCUUGGAUCCUCGAAAUGUUAUUGUGCGUCCUGUUACGAUAGACAAUUUUCUGUCGAUCGGUGAAACUGGUGUCGGGAGUUCAGUUUUUCCUGACUUGCCUGGGGAUCUCGCACCCUCUUUCACGGCAAAUCCUAAAAAAAUUCAAACUUUGACGACAUCCUCCACUCACAUUAGAUGGUGUAGGGAAAGCUUUGCGAUUUAGGGUCGCCUAUUGUCAUUUGGGAAUUGCUAGUAGGAGUCCAUCAAAGCCUAGUCACUUGCCCAAAAUAGCUCUUUCCAAUUCAAUUUUAGGUAGGAGCCUUUGAGCCUUUGAUAGACAUGUUCACCCAAUUUCGUGUCGAUUGGUGAAACUGGCAUAGAGGGAUCUUUUUUGUAACUUUCCAGGGGGCCGUUAUAUUCAUAUUCACAAUGAAAAUACAUAGUUUUCAGGCAUGUUGGGGACCUCAAAAAGGGGAAUUAUGUCAAUCAAUAUAAGUACUGGUAUAUUUUGACAGUUGUGCACCACCACAAACAAUAAUGAACUCAAGCUUGCCGAUUAUGUUCAUAACUGAGGCAUGGUCCACCGAAGGAAAAAGCAUAUUUACAUAACACAAGUGUUAAUUAGAAGGAAACAGUCAGUGAAGAUUGUGCACCGAGAUGGUGGACGUUAAACAUCGUAAAUGGGUCAAAUCUUUCUAUUGAACCAUCUAAUCCUCUUUAGAAAGAAAAGACAUUGGCCCGAUUCUUAGCGUUUGAUUCAGAGCGUUUAAUUCUUAGCGAGCGGCUCGAAAAGGAACAGUGCCCACAUUUCCCUCGUUUCCUUAUCAACCUCGAAAAGGGCUGAGCCACGUCGUGCCAUUCAUCGUGCUACUUUUAUUUCAGCCCCUCGGUGUAACCAUCCACUCGUGUGGUAUAAUUGCAUCUGGUCUCCACUAAUUAUCACCCGCGCACAAGUGUUCCAUUCGUCCACAGACAGAACUAGACGUCACUGUGAUCUUUUUCAAUGUUUUCAGCGGAAAAGUGCUCAACGCAAGGAGGAUUCUAAACAGCACUUGGCCACGCAGAAUAUAGAAAAUAAAUUUGGUGUAUCCGGGUUGUGCUUCUGCGAUGCUCGUUCAUCUUGUUUCUGUGCCGACACCCUGUAAUAACCACCUAUCGCUCUUCUCUGUUCUGUGCUCAAUAUUUAUAUUAUAUCGUCUUUUUUUUCCACCGCGGUCCUUUGGAUUUAUCACCCGUUUUUAGUGCCAUACCUGCAACUAAUGAGAGAAAUAAAGAAAACAAAUGUUUUAUAUGCUAUGCGGAA